AUGGCAGAUGAUGAUUUCGUCGCGGGUCUUCUUGCCCAAGCUACUCAGCAUAGCGACCCUGUUUAUGACUCGGAGAAAAAGCUCUUUGAGAAUACGGUUGCUGAUUCUUUGGACAACGAUGUCGACAAUAUCCACGAGGGCAUGCAAUUCCCCACUGCGGAGGAGAUGCUCACUCUCAGACGUGUAUCCGAUACAAUUCCAUGGAGUGCAUAUCUGAUUGCUGUUGUGGAACUGGCGGAACGAUUCUCUGUGAAUUUAUCUUUUCGUUCUAGUGUUGUUUUCACCAACUAUAUCCAGCAACCCCUUCCUCCUUUCUCCCGUACGGGUGCAGGUGGUGCAAAUGGCCAAUCUGGCGCCCUUGGCGCCGGUCAACAAAUGUCUACAGGCCUGACCACGUUCUAUCAGUUCUGGGCUUACAUCUGUCCAAUUGCUGGCGCCUAUAUUGCUGAUACCUACUGGGGUCGUUACAAGACAAUCUGCUGGAGUGUCGCUGUUGCCAUGUUGGGCCACAUCAUUAUGAUUAUCUCUUCAGUUCCUGGCAUCAUCGGCAGCCGUGCAUCACUUGGCGUGUUCAUCCUAUCUAUGAUUGUCACUAGCACUGGCACCGGCGGCUUUAAAUCGAAUGUCUCCCCGUUGGUUGCAGAGCAAUAUCGGAUAACUAAAUGUUACAUUGCUGUGACUAGUACGGGUGAGCGCGUCAUUGUUGACCCGGCCAUGACCACUACGAGAAUCUAUAUGUAUUUCUACCUUUUUAUCAACAUUGGUGCUCUUAUUGGUCAGAUCGGAAUGGUUUAUGCUGAAAAGUUUGUUGGCUAUUGGCUGGCCUAUACAUUACCCACUGCAGUUUUCUGCAUCUCUCCUCUGGUUCUUUGGUAUGGUCGUAAUCGUUAUCACAGAUCUCCGCCGCAAGGUUCGGUUCUUCCAGCCGCGCUGCGCAUUUGGCGGUAUGCCCAGCGCGGACGAUGGUCGUGGAAUCCUUAUAAGACAAUCAAAAAUCUCACCUCCAAUGACUUCUGGGAAAGUGCCAAGCCUUCUAAGCAGGUUGGCGAGAAGCCCAGAUGGAUGAUCUUUGAUGACCAGUGGGUUGACGAGGUCCGUCGUGGUUUCAAAGCUUGCAGCGUCUUCGUCUGGUUCCCGCUUUACUGGCUCUGCUACAAUCAACUUAACAAUAAUUUGGUCUCACAAGCUGCAACAAUGACCACCAAUGGCCUACCUAAUGACGUUCUGUCCAACCUCGAUCCCUUGGCUCUCAUUAUUUUUAUCCCGAUAUGUGAUUUGGUGAUCUAUCCGGCACUUGCACGUGCCGGCAUCCGGUUCACCCCUCUAAAGAAAAUCGCUUGGGGCUUCGGCACUGCAGCCGCAUCGAUGAUCUGGGCUGCCGUUGUGCAGUACUAUAUUUACAAGACAGACCCUUGUGGGCACUACGCUGGAACCUGCGUGGACGCAAACCAGAACCCGCUUGUUUCCCCCCUGAAUGUGUGGAUUCAGAGUGGCUCAUAUGUGCUCAUCGCAUUCUCUGAAAUUUUCGCAUCGAUCACGGGUCUCGAGUAUGCAUUCACCAAAGCACCGACGAACAUGCGUAGUUUGGUCAUGUCUGUGUUCCUCUUCGCGAGUGCAGCCUCAGCUGCCAUUGGCGAGGCUUUCGUCUCACUGUCGCUAGAUCCACUGCUCGUAUGGAACUAUGCCAUCAGCGCUAUACUUGCGGGCGUUGGUGGCCUCCUAUUUUGGAUCGUCGUUCGUAAGCUCGACAAGGAGGAGGACAAGCUCAAUAAUCUGGCCAAUGGGCACUUUGUGGACGAAUUAGGACUCAGCCCGCUGUAG